AUGGCAGACUUUCCUGAUGUAGUUUCUGUGGCUACAAAGCUAAAAAAUGAGGUCAUCCGGUACUACAAUGUUGAAGAUGAUGAAUGGAGACUUACUAAGAAAACAGUAAGUUACCAAAUCGUUGCCUUUCCAGAUUCUUUUCUUUUGUUAAUAAACGAGUAGGGUGAUUUAUAUUCUACAUUUGUGUUUUAGGUGGGCCUAUAUGGUGCGAUGAUAUGUGAAGUACCGUACAUUUGAGUGGGUAGAUUUCAGAGCCCUGUUUUGGUGUUUUGUUUCUUUGAGUGAUGAAAAUCACACAAAGAGAUUAAGGGCACUUUCCUCUUUUUUCUACCUUUCCACAAGCUAGAGGUCGCACAGGGAUCCUCCACAUGGGCGUAGCCAGGAUUUUUGUUGGUGGGAGGGCAGGCCUUUUGUUGCGGGGGGACAGAACCUCAGUUAUCUAUGAGUUUUUAUCCAUUUUUAUUGAUUUGGAGGGGGCAGCUGCCCCCCUUUGGCUGCCCCCAUGAACCUCCAUAAGUAGAAGAGGCUCCCUGCUUCAGACUUUGGCUCUCAAAACUUCUGGAAGUGUGUGGUGCUGGUUCACUAGAGCAGGUGUGACAUGGCAACCUGUCCCCCUUUUUCCUCAUGUGUUUAUUUACUGUGUAUGGUUUGGGGAAAGCCUGUUCUUAUUUCCAUCUGAUAGUGCCGUCUCAUUACUUAACUGCAUGUGCAAAUGCUGGCACAAGCAUAAUAUACUUUCCCCCGAGCCUAUAGUGAUACUCAUCAAAGCUCAUCAUAUCUAGAUUGGCACUAAAUCAGUUUUUUAUACUAUCAGAUUAACACAAAAUUAACUUAAAAUCUUCAGUCCUAAGCAAUUGUGUCAGUUAUGAUGCCUACACAAUACCAAGGCAACCCAGUUAAAAUUUGAUGUUGUGAUAGGGAGACUUUUUGAUGUGUGAUUUGUCAAGUUUAGUUCUCAGAGUUUUUCUUUUGCAACAUUUUUUUAAAGAGGCAUGGGAUGAUAUGAAUGGCCGUAGUUCAUAAAGGAUGUGUUCUCACAUAUGUUGAUUUAAUGCUAUGUUUGGGUGUUGGUUUCUCUCCUCAUUCACCAGAAGAAUUUACAUGAUAGUUUAUUGCAUGCAUGUAUUUAAAAAAAACAAACCACCACUACAGUUGAAUUAAAAUACUGUGUACUGAUGAACAGGUUGGUAAAAGAUGCGCUAUAUUUGUAAAGUUCCCUCGGUGGUCUGUGUACUUCUCGAUUCUGUCACAUUUGUACAUUCAGAGGUGUGAAGUGAUUGAGUCGUUUUUAAUAAAGUACAAAUAUUGUGAUCUUAUUUUUUUUCUGCAGAAAGAUACGACAGUUUGGCGUAAGCCAUCUGAAGAAUUCAGUGGAUACCUGUAAGUUAACUUACAGAGGAGAUGAAUUCUUUCAUAAAUAUAAUUUCCAGUAGCAAGGGAGGGGACUGUUUCUGAGAGGAAGAACCUGGCCAUAUUAGAGCAGAAGUGGGCUGCUCCCCAAUACAUUGUGCCUUCCAGCCAUCGUUGCUGUAUCAUACUUUAUUUCAGGAUAGUUUCUCUGCAUCUACCAUGGACAUAAAAGCAUAAAAUGCAUAGUGGGUGGGGGUGGCUUUGAGUGCUUUGUGGAAUAUAAAUGUGAAACCGUCACUUAUGCAUUUGUGUACAUAAUGCCUCUGGUGCUAAGCAUCCUCCUCUCAGCUGCAUUUUGUUUGUUAUAAAAAUGGUUAUUUCAUUUGUAGACAGUUCUUGCUGUUCUCUGAGGCUGAGUAGGUCCUGUUGUAGCUUUCCUUAUAGGGAGUCCUCAUUAAAAAACCUUUGGCAGACCUCCUCAUUCCUCAGACUGAAUGAAUGAAAUCCAACAUGGUGUGCCUCCAUCCCCACCCUCAAAGUUCAUAGAGAAUAACUUUUUGCUUUGGCACAAGAGGAUUGGGUAAUCUGAGGCAUAAUGGAUGAAAUUUAACAUUCCUAAGGCCCCUGGAUCCUGAUGGAAAAUAAAAGAGAUAUUGGCACGUGCAUGACCCAUAUAUAGUUACUUUAAACUGGUGGAAAGUUGCUAGGCGCGUUGACAUUUUCUAAGCAUCAUUGUAUUAAAUCUAAUUCUGUAGCUACAAAGCACAAGGGAUUGUGGAGGAUGUCCCCAACAGAAUAAUAGAUCACAUACGCCCUGGACCCUAUCGACUCUACUGGGAUAGUCUGAUGACCUCGAUGGAUAUUGUUGAUGAGUUUGAAGAGGUAAUGCGUCACCCAUUUAUCACACAACCAGAAGUUCUACUUAUAUGCUUUUCAUUUGGCACAGCAGUUGCAAUGCAAGUUAAAGUUUUACAGUCAACAAGAAGGGAGCUUCUCUACUUGCAUAUAUCCACACUUCAUUCAUUGUGCUUUGAGUGACACUUUAACCUUCUUGUUGGCAGUGGUAGAAACUUUGAUGUAUAACAAAUCUGAAGUGAACAAAAUAGCUUUUGCAGUUUUCAAGAAAGUGCCUCAUUUUGAGUAGCUGAAAACUAGGACGUACAAAUACAGCCAUAUCCAAGCUGUUUUGAGCAUUAAUUUCGAUAUAACUUCCAACUAAAUUUGAACUAUCCAGAAACAGUUUUAAAUCCCAUUGGCUUCAGUGGGAAAGUUAAUCCCAUUGUGAUAGAUUUAAACUCUUGACCUUUGGCUGCAUCGUGCUCUCAAUUUUUAAUUUAAAGCCUAUUUUCUUUUGAUGUCCAAAGUCUCUUUUCUUAGCCAAAAAGUGACCUUCAGCAGAACUGUCCUGGUUUCAGCACAGCAUCUUAAUGAAUCCUGAAACACAAGCAAACACUUUUUUUUAAAAAAGCCUGUAGAUUCUACACCAGUUCUGGCUAUUUACAUUUUGCCAGGCACCUUUCAUUCUGAUGUGUGUAGCUUUAAGCGUACUGUUUCUAGUGAAUUUAACUCCUAUUAAGAAUCUGUUCCUAGAUUUCUUAAAGAUGAUGUUUAUUAUUUAAGAUAAGACUGAUGAUUCAUCUCAGCGUGUUGGAAUAAUCAGGAGCACUUGUAGGAAAACCUGAUUGUUUCUUCAAGUAAGAGAUAUCUGUAUAGUUCAUUAUUUGAAUCAGGCAGUCAAUUAAAUCCAUAUUAGGCCUGUAGCUGGAUUUUUUUAAAGGUGGGAGACCUAAGGGUACACUGGGUAAGUCUCUUUAAACUUAAAAAAAUUCAGCUACAUAGAGUCCUGAGUCAUAUCAAGAGAUGGCAGCUGUAUCUCUUCACAUUCAAGAGACGGCCCUCUAACCACAACCCCCAAUGUCACAGGCCUGAUCCAAAUUGGGGAAGGGAGUGGAACUGCUGCUGCAGAGCUUAAAAAGAUGGAAAUGUCAUGAUUUAUUUCUGGUCUCAUCUAGUUUGACUCUUCAACACAGUCCCCAUAUUGCUUGGCAUAGCUAUAAACCCUAGGUUUCUAUAAAUGAAUACUAUCUAAACGGGCAUUUUGUAAUUGCACUGCAGAACUGUUGUAUUAUGCGGUACACCACAGCUGGCCAGUUGUGGAACAUCAUUUCUCCCAGAGAGUUUGUUGACUUCUCCUGCACAACAGACUACGAAGAUGGGAUUCUGUCAUGCGGUAAUUCUAAUUAAACCUCUUCUAUCUUCUAAUCUUGCUGUCUAAAGCACACUGAAACCUGUAGAAAUCAAAUCUGUGUACGUUCGUGCUGCUGUUUGCAACAAAUUAUUGGUUUGACACCCACUUCCUCAAAGCUAAAAUUAGAAAUAAACUAGCGCCACGAAGAAGGACAUCCUGUCUGUCACUUGGCAGAUCAAAAGUACUAUACAAAAGUCACUUAGUGCAAAGGAAAGUAGAAUGAAUACGAUUGCUAGCUUGCAUUUUCUGGUGAGUAAGCUGCACUUGGCCUGAGAUGAGGAUUGACAGGUUGAACCUGAACCCAUUCCUGACUGCCUAAAAUGUGGAAUUUGAGCAGGCACUGCUUGGCUUGCCCUGAAAUCAUAUAAUUGUGGAGUUGGAAGAGAUCCGAAGGGUCAUCUAGUCCAACCCCCUGCAAUGCAGGAAUCUCAGCUAAAGCAUCCAUGACAGAUGGCCAUCCAACCUCUGUUUAAAAACCUCCAAGGAAGGAGAGUCCACAAACACUGGCGGAGGAAGAGGAGUGCGGGGGGAGCGCACCGCCCUCGGCAGCGUGAUCCCAGUGGGGUGCCAUCGCGGCUGCCCCCCCCGCCCACACUGGGCGCCACACCCCCAGGACGCACACCAGCCCCGCGCCCGCCUGCUCUCCGCCCCCCAGUGCCUGAGCAUGAAGCUCCGCCACUGUCCACAACCUCCCUAACCUAGUUCUCUCUUCUAUGUAACUGUUUUGGGGAGCAAAGAACCAGACCUAGAUUUUGUUUUGGGAGAUUGCCAUGGUUCACACCAGAUUUAGAAUAUUGUAAAUAUUGCACAUUGACUUAGAAAGGCGUUCUUGGGUAACUUUGUCCCCAAAUCCUUCCUCUCUCUGGAUGGGGGAAGGUUGGUUUGGGUAGCUUCUUCUAGACACCACCAUUUAUUGUUCCAAGAAAUGGCCACGUUCCCCAUAUGAUUAUAAGGUACUGCCUUGGACAGAAAUCCCUCAGCUUUACAAGCACAACUUGAACAGGGGCAAGACAAAGGACUACAUAUUGGGACUUCCCUUUUUUUUUAAAGAAAUCUGCAUAUAGCUUCUCUAGGUUUGUCAGCAAACUGCUGAAACUCUAGAUCCCCUGAGUCUGGAGUUUGGGGUUGUUAGAAGGAAGCUUACCUCUCCCACAGGAUCCUUGGGAUCCUGGCUGUAAUAAAAUUCUCAAAAAGAUUUCUCAGGAAUAAAACUAGGUGCAUUCCUUUUACUUGAGAGGUUCAACCCACAACUGUGUUUUAUUUUAAAACAGGUGUCAGCCUGGACUAUGGUGAAGUAAAACCGGGUUAUGUUCGAGGUUUUAACCACCCUUGUGGCUGGUUCUGCUUCCCUCUCAAGGACAAUCCUAGACACAGCCUGUUGAUAGGCUUCAUCCAGACAGAUUUGCGUGGGAUGAUCCCUCAGUCGGCGGUGGACACGGCUAUGGCCAGUACUCUGAGUAACUUUUAUUCUGAUCUCAGAAAAACCCUGAAAGCAUAA